UACCGAUGAAAGCAAAUGUCUGUUGGUCAAAUCAAACGGGGCGCCUGAUGAGCGAUUGGCUCGCGUUGGGGGAGCCGCGCACCGCGGGCCGCACUAGCGGUGCACAACGGCCGUGUGUCAGCCUCCCCCGCCCGCAAUAGACCCAGACCCAGCCGUUCCUUCUCCCGCCGCCCACACACAGCUGCCGCCGGCCUGCUCCAUGGCUCUGUCCGGAGGCUUAUCAUUUUUUAUUCUAGUUUCGUUUCUUAGUUUCGUUUCGCAGGAUAGGCCCAGUACGGAGGCCCGAGGGCCAGCUUUGUGGAGAGUAGUUUAUUUUUUUUUGUCAUUACUUCCCCGGAGUGGAAGUUUUGGUUUAGUUAGUCUGAAGCAAACAAACUCAUCUAGUCUUAGUCCCAUCUAUUGUAAGUACAUUUGUAGCAAUCCAUACCUUCGUUGUAAAUUCAGUGACACAAUCUUUUGUGAAACAUUGACAUUUUUUUUAAGGCUGCAUAUUAAAGAUGCAGUUUAUGCACUUCCUCUUUGAAAUAGCUUUUGAUGUACCCGUUUAUGGUUAAUCCAUAAAAUAAAUAAAGGAGAAACGGGGAACUGCAAAUGCCCAUAGAAAAAUAACAUGUUUGCUGCAAAAUCCUGACUGCACGGAUAUAUUUCGAACCUUUUAACAGAUAUUGUGAAGAUAAUUUGUUGUACGGUUGUUGCAAUAUUCUGUGAUAUUUGGAAUUACAUUGCAAAUGUGAUGUCACUGCAAAGGAUUAAUUUAUAGUUAAUUUAAACGUGUGUAAAUUCCUCAAUAAGCCCAGGGUACUUCUCAGGAAAGUUCUCAAAAGAAAAUUUGGGAUGCAGAUGACCUAAGCUUGUUCAAAGAAAUAGAUUUGAAGUAUUGUCUAAAGAGGAGACAGAGUGGGAGAAUUAUGGUGGGAAUUCCAAAGUAUGAAAACUGGCCUUAAAUGUUGUGGUGAUUAUAACUGUAGAAUUGAUGGAGCAUCAAGUUUGCAAAGGGUACAGGGCUGGAGGAGAUGACUGGUGUGAAGGGGCAAGUCUGCAAAGGAUUUGAAAAUAAGUGACAAUUUUUAAAUUGAAGUGUUGCUAACUAUGAACGGGAUGAAAAGAAUUUGAGGUGAAUUAAGGAAUAUAGCGGAAUUUAAAUGUCCUUGCAUCUGAACGUGCUAGGAAAGGGUCUAGACACAACAGAGGUAGCUGAGCCAAAUCUAAUGUAGAGCUGCUUGACAUUAAGGAGAAGUAGGUUGGCAGUCACUACAGUGGCAUGAAUAUGUGUUUUGGGCAUUAUUCUUGAUCAGAUAUAACUUCAGAGUUGUGCAUAUUUUGGGUAGUUGCCAGAUAGAUGGAAUAUGUAGGGAAUAGAGACACAAGAAACUACAGAACCUGGAAUCUUGAGCAAAGCACAAGUGCUGGAGCAACUCAGCAGGUCAGGCAGCAUCUGUGGAGGGAAUGGACAGGUGAUAUUUCAGAUCUGGAUUCUUUAUCAGGAGCAUUAGGGAUCAAAGGCGAUGGUAUUCAUUCUCUAAAUAAUAUGCAAGAAUAAAUAUAGAUUCUUCAUCCAAUGAUGUACGAUUAUUCAGCAGUCAGACAAUUUGGAAAGAUUGGAGGGAUUAGAAGAGUGUGGCAAAGUAGAAUCAGUUGCAGGUGUUCUACAUAUUGAAGCUAGCAUGCUUUUACAUGAAGAGGCAAUGCAGGAAUCUGGUGGAAAAAAUCAAACUGCUGGAGGAACUCAGUGGGCCAGGCAGCAUCUGUGAGAGAAAUUGAUAGACAAUGUUUCGUGUUAGAACCUUCCUUCUGGACUAAAAGAGUGGAGGGGAGAGAGUCAGUAUAAAGUAGUAAGGGGUGGGAGGAGGCUGAGAAUAGACAAUUUGGUCUGGGAAUAGAGAGGCGAAUUGAAAUGGCUUGCAACCUGACACCUGUCUGAUAUGUGGAACAAAAGACCCAGAGUUAUGUUGAAUCCAUAAAAUUCCCCAGUCAGGAAAAAGUAGUUAUGAGCCAACCAUACUCAUGGCUCUGGAAUCGCAUACAGGCCAAAUGGGCUAGGGGCAGCAGUUUUUUGAAGAGUAUGAGUGAACCAGAUAAGGUUUUAUGACCACUCAAUUCUUCCUUGAUUAUUUUAAAUUUUAAUUCCAUCUUAUGAGUUGUCAAUUAACUAUUAUGCCAGUGUAGUUCAAAGGAGGAAUGCCAAGUAGAGAUUGGCAGCUAUUAUUUAUUAAGUAUAACAUUACGGCAAUUUGCUUUUGUGAUGUGUGACAAUAGACUAGCUAUUGAUAUAUUUUAAUGUAUUGACCAGAUAUUCUGUAAUAUCGAAGUUUAGACAAAAUAUUAUCUAGCAUGCGCAUUGGCAAUGUACACAGUCAUUUUCCUUAAGUUAAUUAACAUCAGGAACUGAGGAGGAAGCUGAAUUUGCUGACCCACCCAAGUAAAAUAGUUGUGAGCGACUCCAAAACAGAUGGCCCAAUGGUACAGAUUUUGUUUAUGAAUAACAAUAUUUCAAAGCAGUUUCAUCAAGAAAUUGAAGACUACGUCACAGGCUUAGUAGAAAAGUAUGAAAAGGAAUUGCAAAGUGACCAUGAAAAAACAGUUUUUAAUAUAAAACCCCAGCCAUCAAGUGUGCUGUUAGAAGAGCAACCAAAUGUGAAAAGUUUAAAUACAGGAAAGAAAAUAAAAGAGGCGUUUCAUGUUGUGGGAAGUGUUCAGUACUUCACCAGCUUUUGUCUUGACAAACUUGGACAGCCAUUGUUAAAUGAGAAUCCACAACUUACAAAUGGAUGGGAAAUACCCAAAUACCAGCAAGUCUUCGCUCAAGUUGUAUCCUUAGAUGGACAAGAAGUGGGACUGAAAGCUAAGAGGCCAAAACCUUGUUGUUUUAACUGUGGCUUAACAGAACAUCAGUUAAAGGAUUGUCCAAAGCCACGUGAUCUUGCUCGUAUUAGUGAGAAGCGAAAAGAGUUUAUGACUAUGUCUAGUGAUUCACCUCAUUCAGGUUCUCAACAGCGGUAUCAUGCAGAGAGAUUUGAAAAGUUUCAACCAGGUGUAAUCAGUGCAGAACUUAAAGAAGCUCUUGGGAUAGCAGAUGAAACUCUUCCACCAUUUAUUUAUCGGAUGCGCCAAUUGGGUUAUCCUCCAGGAUGGCUGCUAGAGACCCAGCAAGAGAAUUCUGGAAUUGCUUUAUAUGAUGGAAGAGAUUCAAGCGAUGGUGAAAUGGAGCAUGACAAACAACAUCCAAACUCUAGCUUUCCAUCCUAUGACACAAGUAAAUUAAUAGAUUACGCAGGAUUCAAUGCUGUCAUUCCAAAAGGAAUUCAAGAUGAAUGGAGACUAUAUGGUUCAAUCCCAAUGCAAUCUCAUGAUCUAAAGGAACAUUUUGCACAUCAAUUGAUUGCUAAUGAUCUCACAACUAAACACAGUUCAAACAAAAGGGUUUCAGAUGCUGACUCAAACCUUGAUAGUGUAAAGAAACGCAAGUCUGAAAAAGUAGGGACACAUGCUUAUGACAUGGAUAUAGAUUCAGAUUCUGACUCUCUAAAGCCAUUCCAUACUAUUCCACCCAUGCCUCCUGGUUGCCCAAUAACUUCAUCUCCCCCUCCUCUACCCAGAGGAACGCCCCCUUCUACACCGCCUACAUUUGUUCCACCUGCACCACCAACCCCAACGCGUCCACCCCUUCCAAAAGACACCCCACCCUCGACUCCAUCAACCUGUUCUCCAGCAAGAAAUUCUCUGCAAGAUGAAAAUACUCAAUCAGUAACUCCCCUCAUUGCGAACAAAUCUCUGGAUGAAGAUGUCCUGUCAUUGGAAGAGUUGGAAGAACAACAGCGAUUGAUCUGGGCUGCACUGGCACAGACUGACGGCACUGUUAGUGAGACAGAAUGUCCUUGUGAUUCUCCUGUAACCAAGAGUUCUACCAAUUCCUCACCUGCAAUAACUCCAGUAGACAACUGUAUGGAAAUAGAGUCUAAUGAUAAAAUGGGAAUAGUUGAAUGUAAAAUUGAGAGUCCAAUUGCUGAAGCAUCUUCCAGUGAUUCUGGAGAAAAACAAAUCAAUUCAUUGAAAGGUAGUUGGCACAGGGAAGAGAACACUCAGCCUGAGAACUCUGGAAUGGAGACAGAAAGCAGUAAAGCCAUUCAGGAUUCUACCCCUACUUCUGCAGAGUCUACUGGAGGUAACGGAGAAUGUUUGGAGAAAACAGAUGAGGCCAACACCAGUGCUGUUCCAGAAACACUGCAGGAGAAUAGAGUUUCUGCUGUGCCCGACAUGAGUAAAUUUGCUACUGGAAUCACACCUUUUGAAUAUGACAAUCUUUCCGAGGCAACCGGAACAUACCUCAAACUCAGGGACUUGCUGAAGAACUCUCCGAGAAACAAAAUGAAAAAGAAAUAAAUAUUUAAAAAAGAGUACUGGAAUUUUUAGAUCCAAGGCUUCCUUGUCACAAUGUCACCAUUCACCAUGAGGAACUUUUUUCAUUGAGACCUGACUUCUAAAUUUUGCAACAGAGCAAAUGUUUUAAAGAACAUAUCAAAAAUGUGGACGGCAGUGCUCUUUUAAUAUUUAAGUUUGGUAAAGAUUGAAAAUAUGUCUGGUAUUAAAGAAAGAAACAUAUUUGUGUAAUGUUCAUUUUGAAGACGCACUGUUGAAAUUAGUCCUUUGGUAGUCAUGGUCUCUGGAUUUCUCUAAUGUGGAAUUCAGUGUCCAGUGGAUUUUUAGUAAUUUCUUGUACAUCAUUUUUUGUUUAUAUAACGAUACAUGUUUUUGAUAUUACCAAUGUAAUUUUAUAUAUUAUUGCCAAGGAUUUUGGUGUACAGUUUUAAAUCCUAAUAACUGAAUAUUGAAAUUGUCAGGGAUAACCAGGGCUGUUUUCAGGUAUUUUAUGAAUAUCCACAUAUGCUUUAGUUUUUUAAAGCUGAUUCUACCUUUGUAAUGCCAUUCUUCACAAGGAGUACACAGCCUUGGAUUAUGGGAAUAUGUUGAAUAAUUCUACGAUGACAUGUUUUAGUAUUUUGUGACUGCAUUAAAUGGCAUUGAAAUUUGCAGGAAA